AUGCGGCUGUGCGGGGCGCUCCUGAAGAGCCCCAUCCCCAAACAGAUCGAGUACUACUCCCGCUUCUCCCCGUCGCCGCUCUCCAUCAAGCAGUUCCUGGACUUCGGUGAGUGACGACGGAGAGGCACCUGCACGCCGCGCCAAACCAAACAACAAGCGCGGGAGGGCGGGCGCCGCCUACUCCUCCCGCUGCUGCUCUUUCGCUCCUAGCCGUGAGGAACGCGGGGUGGGAUGUGGGGCUGCGGGGGGGGGGGCAAGAGAAGGAAGCCCGCUGCGCCGCCCCGGUGUGUUUGUGUGACGUCACUGAAUUGCCUUUCGCAAGGCCGGAGGUGGGGCGGGGGGGGGGUGUUGUGGACGGGGCGCCAAAACAAGCGGAAGAAUCCGGGUAACUGAGGACCUGAGGGGGGGGGUGGAGGGGCUCUGAGGAGCUUCCCCAAAGGGUCAAGUGCCAGUGGAGAAGGACUGGUGUAUAAAACUUAUUAGUCGACUGCAUUUCAGGAGGAGGGGUGUGUGUGUGUAUGUUUUAGGGGUGUAUUGAGUUGGUAAAUAUGGUUAGGAAAGUUAGUGUUCAGCUGCUGAGCAGGCAGAAGCUCAACAGAUGGAGCUCCACACACAGGGAUGUGAGGAGGAAACACCACCUCUUCAUUUCUGUGUGUGGUGCAGCUGUUGCAGGCAAGUUCCCUACCAGGAAAACAAGGGGAGGAUCCAGGGAAAAGUUGACCAGUGUCAGUGCCUCAGUCUAUUUAAGCAUUCAUUAUAUUCUCCCAGCAGCUCAAGGUGGCAUAUGUAAAGUAUGUGGAUGAUUUCCUGCCCAGGUACUGAACAGCAACCGCAUCGCCUGUCUUCAGAACAUUCCUUGGGCCAAUUCAGAUCUUCUGAAUUGAUUCGCCAAACCAUGGCAUAUUGGGAGCAGGCCCAAAGGCUCAUGCUCAAGCCCACAGAAAUUUCCAGGUUUUGUCUAAUCACAAUUUGCCGUGCCAUCCUAUCUAGACAAUUUAAUGCUAACUUUGGAACAAUAAUGCUCACUUCAAAACAAGGUUUCAUGAUUUAGCAAUUUAUUUAUCUAUAUGCUUAGCUGUAUAUCCUGCCUUUUUUCUAUCAUGGACCCAAAGGCGAUGUAUAAUGUUGUUUUGAGGGCUGUCAUCUGUUCAGGCACUGACUGAACACAGACCUCCUUAACUUCAGCGAGGUAGUGACUCUUGUAGUCCCUUCCAACUCUGCAGUUCUGUAAUUCUACACCAGUAGUGGGUCACUUUGGCAUGUGGGUAGGACUGACAGGUGUCAGUCACCUUAUGUCACCAUGAUUCUGUUAAAAAAGGAAGAAUUGGGAGUGUAUUCUAAGUGCAUUUCCCAUUCUUCCUUUGCUGGUGUGGUUUACAUCCAGGUUAGGCCUGCAAAUGAACUUUUUUCCUUAGUAGCUGUGGCUUGAGUUCUUUUGUAGAUGCAGCCUGAACUUAAAUCACACCUGCAAAAGAAUAUGAAAAAUGUUUCUUUGCAGGCAUGGCUUGAAUUCAGGAUGUGGCUGCAAAGGAAAAAUUGGUAGCACACGCUUAAGUGUUCUUCCAGUUAUUAAUUUUUAUCAAAAAAAAAAAAAAGUUGGCACUUCUUUAGUUUGGCACAUUUCUCUGUUGCAGUACACUUACAAAUCUGAUACUUCUUCCUAUUAGCUGCAGCUUGAACUUCCUCAUGUCUGACAUUGUAUAUGAUGAAACAUGUGCAUGGUUUGCCCGGAACAGCCUGGCAGUCAUAAUUAGGCCCAUGAGCUGGACGUUCCUCACCAGUGCCCUAUUGGGAGUAUUCUGAAAGGGAAUAUAUUCUGAGAGGAAGGAAGUGUUCUAUUGGGCUCCACAGGAAAACAACAAUGGGGCAGGAUUGUUGUUUCUAAGUUCUUGCUGCAGUGAUAAUAGUGGGCAGUCCCAUCAACAUCAAGUUCUGUGUGACUUUGUCUUAGUAUGCAAAAUGUGAGCCUGCGUUUUGCAAGGCACUAUCCAGUGUGGGCAAAGGCAUUUUUUGUUAAACCUUUCCCCAAAUCUAAUUCCAAAUGCAUUUUGUGUCCUUGCCUAGUUCAUUAUUUUUCUUUGUUUUCUCAUUUUAUUAUUUACUCUUUUGUUCAGAGCCUCACCAAAACAUUAUGCUUGGCUGACAGAUCAGCAUCUCAGGGAGACACACAGCAGGCGUCAGUCACUAAGGGUUUUGAAGGUUAAGCAAAUUCUUCCCAGAAAGCAAUAGUAAUGUGAAAACUCUGGGAUCUUAUAUCCCUCUUCUUGACCAUGUAUGCACUUUGUGUUUUUGUAUUGCUUUGGUUUGUGUCUUGGAAAUACUGAGCUUUUUUGAAAAGCAAGGGCUUGCAACUAAAUGGUUUUCACUUCCUGGUGUGGAACUCCAAACACUUCACCUUACCAUGUUAAAACAAUUACAGUACAGCUUUUUCCUACUACUUGGUAGGUAGUUACUCAGGCACGGGUGGCAGAUGUGGGUGCUGCUGUGGUCUAAACCACGGAGCCUCUUGGGCUUGCUGAUUGGAAGGUCGGUGGUUCGAAUCUGCUCAGCGGUGGUGAACUCCCGUUGCUCUGUCCCAGCUCCUGCCAACCUCGCAGUUUGAAAGCACACCAGUGCAAGUAGAUAAAUAGGUACCACUGCGGCAGAAAGGUAAACAGCGUUUCCAUGCACUCUGGUUUCCGUCACGGUGUUCUGUUCUGCCAGAAGCAGUUUAGUCAUGCUGGUCACGUGACCCAGAAAGCUGUCUGUGGACAAAUGCCGGCUCCCUCAGCCUGAAGCGAGAUGAGCGCCACAUCCCAUAGUCGCCUUUGUCUGGACUUAACCAUCCAGGGGUCCUUUACCGUUAUCUACUCAGGCAGAGGGAAGUGGAUAUGUGCUGCUGCUUGAUCACCUGCAGGGAGCAGCACCUAAGACCCAGCCUCACAGCCUUUCCCGGAGAAAGAAAGUCUUAUUAGGGGUUGUCAGUUUAGCAUGGCAAAAGUUUUCCAGUUGUCUUGUCCAUGAAGGUGCCAAACAGCCCCCAACCUGUUGCAUAGCUACAAAUGUGUUGCUGCUCAACUACUGAGGCAAUCUGUGCCUCCCUCUGCAUCUUCAAAGUUGUGGACGAUACUAGCCAUUUGCCAUGCUUGCUAGAGAGCAGCACUGUAUUAGCUAUGGUGAGUGGAACUGUGGAAGCCUGGCCAUAGCAACUGGACAGCAUAUCAUCAGAGGUGGGGAACCUGUGACUGCAGGUGUUGUAGACAAAUUCCUAUAAACCCCAACCAGCAUGGCCAGUGGUCAGGAGCAAUGGGAGUUGUUGUUGAGCAACAUCUGGAGGGCCACAGGUUCCACACCUAUGAUUUGUGCCAAGCAUUGUUGUUUUCUAUAUCCUCUCUUCUAUGGGAAGCCAGCUUGAGCCCUUGCCUGACUAGAUUUUUUUUAGGGGAUAUAGUAAGGUUUUGUUUGGACUUGCUUUUGUAGGCUGAAUGAGAUGUUGAUUUUCUUGUCAUUGCUUUUUUCCCCUAAGAGAGGUAGUUUUCUUAUGAAUUCCUGUGGUCCUGUUUUAUCUUUAAUGCGUUGAAUUGUUUCAUAUGUUGUGUUGCCUUUUUAUAUAAAGUGUAAAGUUUUUGUGGGACGUGGACUUAAUGGUCAGGGGUCCCUUUACCUUUACAUUUAAAGUUUUUGCAGACAACUAGAUAUAAUUUUAAGUGUCUGAUACUCUACAACAUUUUCAUUAUAUACCUGCAUCAGAUUUUUGUAAAUGAUUCAGUAUGGUUAGGAUCAAACUUCAAGGCACUGGCUCCCCUAGAUUUGUAAAAUACUUGUGAAAAACUACUAUAUGUGAGAUAUUUAGGGACAUGGAUUUCUUUUUCUUUCUUUAUCUCUCCGUUUCUCCCUUGAAAAAGUAUUAAUCAUAAUAAUGUUUUGGUCAGUGAAAUUUAGUCUAGAGAACACUGAUGUAAAUUAAACUGAAGCACAACAGCAGCUGAUAAAUGGAACAUUCAGCCAAAAGAAAUCUUAUUUCUACUUCUAAGUGUUCCUUUAUAAGUGGAAAAAGCUGACUUUGCAAGUUUGAUAAAAGCUUUGUGGUAAGUUUGUUUGGAAUAGGAGAUAAUGCUAGAAUAGUGCUCUCCACAUUAUGUAAACCACUGAAUGCAGGAGACAUGAAGUUCUCAGGAGUGUUAAAUAUUAGCACAGAGCUAAAUUAUAAAUGUUUAAAGAAUGGUAUAAGGAUUUGAAUCUUAAUAAAAUGAAAUAGAAAGCAUUGCGGGAAGCUGUAUUGAAAUGAUUGAUUGAAACGAGAGUUUUGCUAUAACCACUGAGUAAAAGCCAUUUUUCGGGGGGGGGGGGGGCAAAGCAUUCCUAUGUUCAGGAUCCCCCCCUCCAUUUAUGUAAUUAUAUUGUGAUUAAUAGAUCAAUACCAGCUAUUUAUGUAUAUUGUUCAUUUAGGGGCAAAAGGACCUCUCUGAAUUUAGAGGGCAUUAAAUGGCUCAGAAAUUUUAUAUGAUCAGGUAACAAGAAUAAUAAACCAAGACAAAAACUUGGUUUUUGUUGCCCAGAAUGGCUGGGCAACCCAGUGAGAUGGGUGGGGUGCAAAAUUAUUAUUAUUAUUGAAAUUAGUCAUGUAAUCAAUCAAUAGUGAUGGUUUGUGGCCAAGACAGACAUCACAAAAUUGAAAAAACUAAUACUUCAGGUCCAGAGAAGUAAUGGUUUGAGGAAAAAGGAUUUGGAAAUAGUAAUCCCUGAAGAUGCAUUUUGUUCAAUGUGGAAUACUUCCCUACAAAUGUCUAAGACUAAUGUCAUUAUAUCUAAAAGAGAAACAUAUAUUUAUCACUUAAAAACUUACUGUUGGUGUUAUAUAUCCCUCCAUGUGGGUUACAUGCAUAUUUCCCAGUGCAGAAUGUAAUUUGAAGAUAAAUAACAGGAUAACAAAUUCUGGGUAAUCAGUUUUGAGUCAUGUGCAUAGAAUAUUUGGAGCCAGCAAAGAUGUCUUGUUCUGGUUUUGAUUUUUGGAGGAAAAUGGGGCCACUUGUAGGCAUAUUGACACAGUGAUUUCAUAUGAUCUAGAACUAGACUUAGGUAUUCUGUAUGUUUUUGUUCAGGAACUGCAGUUGAGAAUCAAUUCAUGGAACGAUAAUUGCUUUUUAAAAUGUUUGUGAUGAAAACAGUGUGCAAUUCUCACGAAGAAAUUUAUUAAUCACAUAUGAAGCAAGAUGCUUAUCUGUAUUCAUAUAGUUUGCAAUGACUUAGAUUUGUAUGGUCCAUAAGGAAUGCUGAAUUGUGUCUGUAUUUAUUAGGCAUUUUUAUGUGCGUGUUGAUGAAAAUAAUAAAUGGUGGGGGCAUCAAGUAUAUUUUAAUUUUAUGUUUAGUGUAAAUGCAUUUACGUAAAGGACAAAACCAUCUAAAAUACAUAUUUUAUGACCUAAAACAUUACAUUAAUGUUGAUCGUCAUAGUGGUCCGUUCCUUUGAAAUCCUUUAAAAUUUGAAAUCCAAGUGUGGUCUGUUUUCAUUAUCUAAAUUGGGUGCAAUUAUGGCAAAAAGAUAGUGAAAACUGUUUGUAAAGGCUUCAAGUUCUAACAUUCUAGUGCUAACACAAUCUAAAGAUUAGAUUAGGUUAUUUGAACAUUAACUUGUCAUAUACCCCUUUUGAGUUCCUAAACUCUGAAAGCAUGGGAAGGAGGCAAGUUAGUAACUAGAUAAAAUUGUUAUUCAGGAUCAUUCUGUAAUAAAUGUAAUUUUAAAUAAUUCCUCAAAUCAGUGUCAGUAGCACUUAAGCCCCUUGUAUACUGAAAAAAUUUGAUUAAAAAAUUGAGAUAAAAUUAAUGGUUUAACAUUGAUGCAGCAACACCUGUGGCCUGUAGUUCUGCAAAAUUUAACCACUGAGCUUCUGUUUACUUAAUUAGCCAUUAAAUUAGAUGUGGCAGACUGGUUGCUAAUGGGCCAGAUGCAGCCGGUUGGACCUUCCUGCCUAGCCCUCAGUAUCACCUCCUCACUUGCAGGUUUUAGGCUUGAAACAAAAGCUUCUAUUAGUGUGCGUGACAGCAAGUGUGUUUGUCCACUUUGGCCACACUCGCUGUUGGCAUAUGGUCCCUGAAUGAUUGUCCAAGGGGAAAUGCAGCCCUUGGACUGGAAAAAUGCUCCCCACUCAGAUUAAAAUACAAAAAAAGAAAAUAUACACACUAUAUUUUUUCAAACCAAAACAAAAAACUUGAAUAUUUCAUCUUUAGGGCUUUGGGCAGAUUACAUUUAAAACACUCAUAAAAUGUCAGAAGAGCAGACUAAGUUGAAAAUUAUGUUAAAUAAUAUUAUGUCAUCUAAGUUGCCAUAAAAAAUCAGCCAGCCAACCUUUCCAAAUUCUUUUUUUAAACUUCUGGGAAAAUAUUGAAGUCAUGUCACUUAGGGCUUGGACUUCCUUCUCUAGUUUUAUUAAGUGUUCAGUUAAACAUUUAUUGGAGAUAAGAAAGGUGACUGCAAAAACAUUUUCUAAAUAUAUCUUGCUGCUUCUCAUUGCUGGGCUUUGCUGUUACUAUUUUAACUCACUUUAAUUAUUAAUGCUAUAUUAACAGGGAAGUUGGAAUUUUAAAUGAAAGGUUUAGAAUUCAAGGAGCCUCUUAGAUAGCUGUAUUGUCUAGGCUUCCCUGUUUGAUUUUCUUACUUGCUGCUCCUCAAACUGCACUGAAAUUCACUCUUGAAGUUUGCCCAAGCUUCUGGGAUAGAAAGGCAUUGCUUAGAAAGGUAGUACUUGGUGACCUUGUAGCAUAACUGGAAGCUUCCCCCGUGGUUCUUUGGAUCCCAGCCUAAGACUGAAAAACAGCACAGAUAAACAUUGCACUGGAAGGCCUAUUUCUAGCUAAUGGGGUAUGGAUGAAGAAGAUACAUUGUAUCUUAUUUAUUUGUUUCAAAAUAUAUUAAUGCUCAUUCACAAUUUUUAGCAGGCUCAAUUAUAUAUUCGCAUAACUUAAUAUUUUUAAAAGGUUUCUUGGAUAAUAGCAAUUUUUGUAUCGGGUGAUUAUUAUUGAUGCAGUUAGAUUUAGUCCCCUGUUGUGUAUUGGAAGGAAUUUCCUCCCUGGAUUAUUGCCUGGGAUUUGUCCUUUUUCAAGAUCAUUGAGCAGAGGUUAUACAUGUAAGAUUAGGUACAUGCUCUCAUGCAGUUUCUUGUUUUCAGCAGAGAUAAACUGAGCUAAGUAGUUGUUUUCCUUCCCUUUAAAAUCUGCUUUGUAACAAAUUGGCAGCCAGAGUAGAGGUCUCUUAUGUAACCAUUUUUCUUUGGAUUUUGCCAGCAACUGUGCCAAUCUGUUUUCUGCCUUAGUAAUAGUCUCAUGAGAUGAUGCCCAGUAGUUUUCAGAAUGCUUUGACAGUAAUCACUUCCCCCUUGGAAGUCAAUGGGAUUUCAGCAUGGCAGUGUUAAUGAAUUGCGUUUGGUAUAAUUUACCUACUUCACAAUACAGUAUAUGUUAAUUUCAGUAGGGCUCACAUACAUUUCCUCUCACAAAUUCAGAUUAAAUGAUUAAGUGAGACACCAAAAGCCAGUAGCAAUUUUCUUCCUGUGCCAGAGGUUUUCAACCUUUUUGAAUCCACGGCUCCCUUGACCAACUACAGUGGUAACUACAGGUUACAUACGCUUCAGGUUACAGACUCCACUAACCCAGAAAUAGUGCUUCUGGUUAAGAUAUUUGCUUCAGGAUGAGAACAGAAAUCGUACAGCGGCGGCACAGCGGCAGCAGGAGGCCCCAUUAGCUAAAGUGGUGCUUCAGGUUAAGAACAGUUUCAGGUUAAGUACGGACCUCCGGAACGAAUUAAGUACUUAACCUGAGGUACCACUGUACAUUCUUUCUGUAGCACAACUGUGGGGCUCAGGAGCCCAUUUAUGUUGCCCAUUGCCUGUAGAGCUGGCAGCCUUGCACCCUUUUUGGACAGCCUCCCUUGUGGAGUGUUCCCUCAGCCUCCUCUCCUCUCCCUUCACCUUGGGAGUCCUCUGGACAGCCGCUGCUGCCGUCCCUCAGAGGAGUUGCCCCCCCCUCCAAGAAGAGGCGACUCCUCACACUACCCCACAGGGGCAUGGGACUUGUCUGUCCAUUCCCAGAACCAAGGUCUAGUGGACUGGCUGGCUGGGCCCCCUCAGCCACUUGCUUGCUUACUCCAAGGCCACCUCAACUCCUGGCAACCAACACCCCCUGGCCAGCCCCAGAGGCAUCAUUUGCCAACAGAGCUUGUAGUCAGGGCUACUGCAAUAAACAGCUGUGAAGCCUUUGGGAAGCAGAGAUGCGAGAGAACAUCAGAGGAGGGAGGGAAGGAAUGAGAAAUAGAGCCAGUGUUGCCCAUGUCACCGCUGACCAUCAUUCAAGGCAUCCCAGGGUGCUAUGGCAUACUGGUUGAAAACCACAGCCCUAUGCAAAUUGCAGUUUCAGAGGAGAGGUUUUUUUGUCAUUAUCACAGCAGGAGAAGGGUUAUAUCCCCCCACCCUCUGAGGUUCCAAUAAUUAUAAGCCACUCCCCCAGGAACUUAUAUUUGCACUUUUUGUAAAGUGCAUGCUAAAUGCCAAGACACAUUUAUCAUCACAUCUGUCUUCGCCCUAUACUGAGACUUGUUCUGUUCUGUCAAUUUCAGCUGUUACCCUCAAACUAGUCUUAGAUGAUUUUAGUUCUGUUAGUUUUCUUCUAAAGUUAUGGGAGAAAAUCAGUCCAGAGUUCUCCUGAGAUAACCAAUUUGUGCAGGACAUCUGAAAAAACUCACAAAUAUUUUGCUUUCACUUUUAACAACAUAUGUGAAUACUUCAUUGCUAAUGAUAUCAUUAAGUUGUUUUCAAUGUAGUGAUAAGCAGAUUGUUCCAUCAGUGCAAGGAUUUCUCUCCCUCAACUAGUGGGUCAUUCAAUCAUUAAGUGCUGUCAUGAGAACUUGAAUAGGCAAACAUUCUAUAUAAUUAAUGAAUUUUUAAAGAUACAUUAGUUAUGUGCAUACAUUCAGUGUUUUAACUAUCUCUUUAAAAUGUAAUGUUUGUGAAGUGGUUUUUAUUCACUGGCUGGUUAAUGUUGCAGAUCACUGGAUACGUAGAAGCAGAAAAGUAUUUAAAUACAUAUGCUACUUUUUCACCUAUUGGUGCUGAAAACAAACAGUCCAGAGAUAGGUCAGUCUUAGUCCAUUUAAAUCAAUGGGCUUUAGCACGCUUAAAACUGGGCUGGAUCAUUUUAUUGGUGUCUUAAUCCUCUUUGCUAUUUACCUUCUUCAAGAUGUGUUAAGAUAAAGGAAUUAACAUGUUUCAUUUGUCUUGUCAUGUGCAACAUGCAGUAUUGUAAUGUUUGGCAUACAGUACUACUCAAAUGAAACUACCCCGACUGAUUAAAAGCAACCACUCCACAUAACUACUGUUGUAUAGUUUCACAUGUACUUUUGAAAGAUAAUAUAAGCAUUUUUAUUGAUAUUUUCAUGUGCCUUUGACAAGUAUCGUAACUGAACAAUCUUUGUCCAAUCCUCAUAACUGUUCUCCUAACAAUAUUAUUCAUUAUGGAUCAUAAAUUAAGAAAGCUUUGCAAAUUAAUAAACAUAAUUGGCUGCUUGAUUUAUAAUAUUUUUAAUUGGCCUGUUUAGCUUUACUUAAAACGUAUGGUGAGAUAGCCAAUAUUAAUUAGAGCAAACCCAUUGAUUUUAGUGGACCUACUGUGAGUUUGAAAAACAGAUAAACCAUAAGUGAAACUGAAAAUGUGAACAUAUUUAUGUAAGAGGCGUUGAAGAAUGCACUGUCUAUACUUGUCUUGAUGUGGUUAGUAGCUCUGAAUUAAACACAUUAAUUAUGGAAGAUCAGUUCUCACAAGAACAUCAAAUUGCUUUACAUUUGUUUUUUAAUCAAAAAUUAUAAAAUGGAUUUAAGUAUAAAACUGACAGUUUAUAUUGUCCUGUUACUGUGACUUGCUUGUUUUAUAUGACAGUAAUCUCUUGGAAACCUUGUCACAUGAAUGAAUUCUUUGUGAAAAAUAUUCACGAUUGUAGGCAUGUUUUGCGUUUAGUUGUCAAGCAAUAAACAUGUAUGUGUGAGUAAAAAUGCUUUCCUUCCUUUUUAUUUACUUCUGAUGACAUUAGUGUUGGCUAUAGAGUAAAGAAUGUGUUUUUUACAUAUGCACACAUUCGUUGUAUGGCAGAAUUUUACAUCUUUAUAAGUUCUGGGAAGGGCAGAAAGUUCAAGGAUGCUGUUCAUGUACAUUAAAAUCAGUAGGAGCUUGGUUAAAUAUUCCAAGAAAGUGUUGGGUAACUAGACAAAAGCAAAACUCAAGCCUUGUGAAUAAGAAGAGUUUCAACACUAUUCUCUCCUAUUAAUUAUGGGGUAAGGACUUGGACUUCACGUUCUUCUUGCCUGUAGAAAGAUAUGAUGGCAAAAGAGAGAGUAGUAGGAAACAAGUAAUUUCCACAGCGAUCUGUUUGUACCCUCUUAUAAUAUACCGUAUUUUCGUCCCAUAGGACGCACCUAGUUUUUUUGGGGGGGAAAUAAAGGAAAUUUUUUUCCCCUUUAUUCCCCCCCCCCCAAAGCCAGGUCGGGGAAACCGAACCAGGUCGAGGAACAGCGGGAUGGCGGCGCUGCGCCUCCUUGCUGUCCCCCGAGCUUGUGGGCUGGCCAAUGUCUGUCCGGCGGGCGGGGCACUCUGCUUCAGGGCGCCCUUCGCGCCGGGCGGCAGGCUGCUAUCCGCAGCGUAGGAAGCAGGCUCCAGCACGCUGCGGAUGUCUGCCCGGCGUGAGGGGCGCUCUGCUUCAGGGCGCCCCUCGCGCCGGGCAGCAGGCUGCUAUCCGCAGCGUAGGGAGCCCUGCGGGACCUCCCGCAGGGCUGCCUAGGCUGCGGAUAUGUUCCCGAAGCGCCAGGCGCUCUGCUUUCAGCACACCCGGCGCUCCGGGAAGCAGGCUGUUAUCCGCAGCCUAGACAGCCCUGCGGGAGGUCCCGCAGGGCUGCCUAGGCUGCAGAUGUGUUCCCGAAGCGCCGGGUGCUUUGCUUUCAGCGCGCCUGGCGCUCCGGGAAGCAGGCUGCUAUCCGCAGCCUAGACAGCCCUGCGGGAACUCCCGCAGGGCUGCCUAGGCUGCGGAUGUCUUCCUGAAGCCUGGAGAGCGAGAGGGGUCGGUGCGCACCGACCCCUCUCGCUCUCCAAGCUUCAGCGAAAGCCUGCAUUCGCCCCAUAGGACGCACCCAGAUUUCCCCUUCAUUUUUGGAGGGGAAAAAGUGCGUCCUGUAGGGCGAAAAAUACGGUAGAUGCCAAACCCUGUCUACAGUGCUACUUAUAUAGGUGAGAAUUGCUAAAAGCAAUUGCUAGCAGUUUUUUGUUGCAACAUCAGUCCUGUAAUUGUUGUCACAAAGGUCCUAAGAUACGAGUAAAUUUAAGAAUGUGCCAGUGAUUUAGGAAAGCCGGAAUUUAGUAGCUUGAAAAGAUCUACUUUUCUCUGAGAGCUUGUCAGCAAGGAGGUGGGCAGGGAAAAGAACCUGUUUCCAGGCUGAGUAAGGAGGAAUGGGGAGGUGUAUGAAAGUGUUGGCUGGAGACUCUUGGCUGCAUAAACACUUUUGUUUUUCAGCUACCCUUCCCCUUGUGUGUCUGUAACCAGGCCAGGGGGAUGAUUUGAAGUGGAGCAAUAAAAAACAUAAGCAUUAAGCCAGGUUACUGAGUUUGAACAUAAUGAUUAAUGCAAGCUGAUAUUCCCAACCUUUAAAACUAUGGGUCCAACUGUGUUGGCCUUAAAGAAACCAUGCUUAGUUGACUGGGGCAGGUUUGAACUAGAUAUGAAAACAAGCAAAAGUUAAUAUGAACAAACCAUGGUUUACCAUCUCGGCCCCUGCUAGUACAGCUGCAUGCUGUUCUAAAACAUCUGGAGGACACCUGGUUGCUGAUGGCUGGAGUAGGCAGCAUUACCGGGCAAGAGGGGCACAUAGGCUGACCAGUAAAGCAGGUAUGGAGAGCCUUUGGCCCUAGAUGUUUCUGAACCACAACUCCCCUCAGCCACAGCAAGCAUGAUGGAAGUUGUAGGCCAGCAACAUCUGGAGGGCCAAAGGUGGAAAAAUAAUGCAGACUCUUUAUAAAGAAGCAUGUGAGACAAUUUAUUAUUAGGAAUAAGUUACACAUUAAGAAGGAUCUCUGUGACUGGAUCGGUGAACUUCUUUAUUUUUACUUUUAUCUGGGGCAGAGUUCGAUCAGAGAGGUAAGGGAGUGAUUUUUUUUCUUUCCCAUACACAGUUUUUCUGAUUUAAAAAUUUGCUCCCUCCUCUGAAGUUGCUAUGUUCCCAUUUGAAGGCUUCCCUCCAUGGCUCCUUCAGAGUAAAAAUAACAGUACCUGUAUUGGAAGAUCCAGUCGUAGAUCUCAUUGAUAACAUGUAGUUAAGCCUCAAGUACAUACAGGAUGGUAGAUAACUUUCCAUCCAGUUGUGUACUGCUUAGUGGGAAGGCAGAUGGGGCAGAAAUGUUGUGCCAUCUCACUUCUUGCUCCAGGUUACUUUAGGUUAUAUUUUUACUUGGUUUCUUUUUGAACAGCUUAAAAAAACGAACCACCUGCAACUGGUUAACUGAAUCUGUAACUACAGGGCAUAAGUUCUCACAUUGAAGGGUAUAAACUGGCUGUUUAAUAGAGUUCAGCUGGGGGCUAUUUUUGACCCUGUUUAUUUCAGUUAGGAGUCUACCUAUAAGUCACUAACUGUUAUGCUAAGCUCAUAUGUUCUUGAGAGCAGUUCCGUUUAAAGUUGUGCAGAACUCUAUAGCACAGACUAAAUAGAAAAGGUUAACAAAAUAAAUAAAAAUAAGGCUUAUGUAACUAGAAUACAUCUGCAACUAGAAUAAUUUGCUCAACAAUCUUCCUUUUUCAUACCAGGGUUUUAGUGUUGUCUUAAUCACUUUGGACUAGUGCAGGCUUAUCAGCUUGGAUCCCAUAACCACGGUGAAAUUAAGUAGAAGUAGAAGGGUUCAUAUAGCUCCUUUCAGGAGCAAAGUCCCCCUAUAUUUCCCCAUGGAUCCUAACAACAGCAGAGCAUUACAUUAGUAUUAACUAGUUCCCUCUUAACAAGGGUUUGGUAACCAGUUUUAAUCCAUGGGUUCAAAUCCUUGUUAAGAGGGAAGACAGGUUAGCAUUAACUGCCCUUAACAUUGGUACUGGUGUGAUGCUUUUAGACAGUCAAGGAAGCAAGGGGAGAUUCACUUUUGCAAGUGAUUCCAUGAGACCUUUCCUGGCUAUUAUAGAGAGUAGUGGUUGCCAGCAGAUAUUAAUGGAUACUGUUUGUGAUGCGCACACAGUCUGAGCCAACCUUGAUGAUUCAGUGCCAGUGUCUCUUGUGUCCUCAACAGUGAUUUUGCCUUGGUGGUGGUAGAUUACUUCUUGAAGUUUGGAAGACCUGAAAUUCUGGUAGAGAAGAAUCAGUAUCUUCUGACCUAUGCCUUGUAAUAAUAAGUAGAAUGAAAAUUUGACACUUUGUGGUAGCCAGAAAUGGUCAGUCUAACCAGAUGAAUAUCUGGUUGAGUCCCAAGUCAGUUGUGCUAGUAAAGCAAAAAUAAAUGAUUGCAGAUUGUUCUAGUGGUCCUAAACAGUUUUUACAGAUUAAUUAUGUGACAGAUAAUGGCUGUCAUUUUCCAAUUCUUGACAAAAAUACAUCUACCAAAAAAAAGUACAUGCAUGCAGAUGAACAGGCAAAGACAUACAUCGAUAAAUACUUGCAGGAUCAUAUCUAAAACAAAAAAUUACUAAGCUAUAACAAGCCAUUGUCAGGCGUGCCUUAAAGGAGUGAGAAAUACUAAGUACUUAAGGGGGGUGGAAUCUGAUUGGGCUGUAUCCUGCCAAUGUACAUUAUCUGCGAAUAGAUGCUGAAUGAUGUGCUGUUGAACUGAUUAUAAUGGGACUGCCUUAAAAAGUAUGACCUUGAUUGUGCCAGUUGCACUACACUUAAGGAUUUUUCAAAUUGCAAAUCUUAGUUAUUAUAUGCAUAGCAAUGCUUUUAACAUUAUUUCCUGGGCUGCAUGAACAUAACUUAAUCAGUACCUUGCAGCACUUGUUCAUUUUGCAAGCGGUUGUCUUUUGUGACCAUGACUAACACAUUUGCAAUCUUUCUCUUGCCUAAAGUGGAAUACUGACAGCUCAUUACAGGUAAAACACAGGUCUGUGAGUUUACCUGGCCUUUUUGAAUAUUACUGUGGAGUUGUCUACUCUUAGGGAGGGGGUGAGAGGAAUGAAAAUAUGUAUAGUCUCUAGUCUGAAGCCUUGAUGUUUGGCUGUUGGCUACUGUCUAGAACAUCCAAGUUGCUGUGCUAAGUAGCAAUGAAUAAACCUUUACCAACUUUCUGCUAAUUUGAAAGUGUUUAUAGAUUGAAGGUUGCAAUCCCGUCUCACCUAUCGGAGCAUAAGCACCACUUAUGAGUAGGUCUGUAUAGGAGUGUACUGUAAGGGUGCAAUGAGGUCAAAGCCGAGCACACCAAAGUCCCAUUAAAAAUAUUGAGCAUAAAGGUCACAGUUAAGCCCAUCAGUUUCAUACAUUUUAAUUGGACCAGUGUGCCUAAACGUACCAGGACAGUGCCCAGUGUUUCCUUUUCUCUGCCAUGCUCACCCUUGGACUCAGCAGAAAACAUCUAUUCUAUAGCAGAGCAUGCAGAGAUACAUAUACAAACACAUAUGUUGUGACACUAACCCACCACUGUGUUAGAAAGAUGAGUGGGAAAAGAUAGGUCUGCCUCUUCCUAAAAUGAUCCAAAUACCAAAGAGAAUUGAAUCAAAUAAAUGUUUAAGAAUAAUAAAAAUACUAAUGCAUCAUUUAGAACCCCCCUUUUAAUAAAAGAACAUUAAUCCAAAGUAUUGGAUUCAAUCUCCUUACUCAAUUUACUUAUGUGCUAGAUGCAAAAGUAUUUUGAAAAGAUGUAUAUAUGAUUGCCAAAUGUGCGUCCAUCUUUAGGUCUUUGACACGGUUUAGCUUACAGUUAGGUAAAUAAUAAGCAGAUAGAUACAAGUAUGCACUUUGAUUAGUGCAAUCAGGCUGGUGUUGGCGGCUCCUGUGGGUGUUAAGUAGUUUGUGUAUUGAAUUCAGAUUUAGUAAACAUGAAGGAAACUUGCACUCAAAACCUAGUGUCUGGCUAAAUAAAGGAUUUUUUUCCCCUUUACAUCAUGUUUACAUUUUCUAAGAAUGUCUGAAGAAUGAGGGAGUGGGGGAACUAAAUUCUGUUUGUCUUUUCAACCAUAGGACGUGAUAAUGCAUGUGAGAAAACAUCAUAUAUGUUCCUGCGGAAAGAACUUCCUGUGCGGCUUGCUAACACUAUGAGAGAAGUCAACUUGCUGCCGGACAACUUGCUGAAUAGACCUUCAGUUAAGCUAGUCCAAAGCUGGUAGGUAUAGAAAACAGGCAACAAAGCUAUAUGAACCGAACAUGGUGAAUUUUACAAGCAAAAUAAUCUAGCUGCCCAGCUCAGGCAACUGUAGCAAGCUUACAUAUAAGAAUUCAAUGGUUGGGUUUCUGCUCCAUAUUCUACAUACCUGGGCUCUUCCUCUACCUUGUACAUUCCACUUCUUCCUUACCCACAAGCUCUAAUUUCUCUUCCCUCCAUCUGCAUGCUCCAAAUCCUCUUCCUUUCUCUCAGUUCACAUGUUCCACCUCCGUUUUCACGAGUUGUUCUGGGAUAGCAAAAAUGACAUCCUUAAGAAUAAAUUUAAAUUUGGUGUGUGUGUCUAUAAGAAUAUUUUUGAGUAAGUUGUUUUUGCAGUACAUGAAGUUAUUUGGGCCAUGUAGAAGACCUAUGGUGGCAGGGGGAAGUGUUGUUAAUAAGCUACAUCUAAAAGACUCUAGAGAGAGAAGGGAAAAUGGGUGAGAUGUUAAUGGGAAUUAAUGUGAACAAAUGUGGUUUCACCUACUUAGGCACCAGUCCUAUUCACAUUUAACUGAAAGUAUGUUUCACUAAACUUGAUGGAACUUUCUUCUAAUUAGACAUGUAUAGAUAGGAUUGUACCAAUGCUUCUUUUUGGUUAGAGAUGGUAUUAAAAGUCAUGCACUGAAAACCUAGUGCAUUUGAGGUUAGUUUGACGCUAGACCUGGUCUGUUUCUUAAAUGGGAUAUGUUCUCUUGCAGAGGUGCUAUAAAAAUAUGUAAAAUGUUUUCCCUUUACUGUACUGAGAAGAGUGGAAAAUUAUAAGCUUUUUUAUUGCUUUAAUAGAUUUUUUGUUUUGUAGCAAUAGUGGCUUACAAAAUCAAAUCUUAAAAGUAAAAUAAAAUAUGUCUUGGAAACCCAAAGAAUCUAGGAUAAAAGCAGCAGAAGUCAAUUAUAAGAAGUCCUGCAGAACAGUAAGUUUCAAAGCUCUGAUAAAAGAGGAGAGGUGGGACUUGGAGGACCGUUCCAGGUUUAGAAGAUUUGCAUUAACUGUAGAAUUUCCUGUUAUAUGAAACAAUAUCUACAGUUGUAACUGUAAAUAGUUGUUUUCUACACAGUGCAUAUGUUAUAAAUAACUCUACAGUUUUCCACUUUCAAAUGGUUUCUGGUGUCAGGUCUAUGUCUAAAAUACUUUUAAGUACAAGUGAAUAAAUUGAAAUCUGAAUCAGUUGGUUCAAGUAUUUAAAUAGUAAUCCUUUAAUUUACUUAAUUUUUGCUGGACAAAAUUUACAAUAUCUGCAUCAUAUUUCAAAGAUAUUUUAACCUAACAUUCUUUAGUUGACAAUUUUUGUAGGUUCUAAUGCCUUCCAGUGUUUCAAGUCAUUAUUAGUUAAGACUCUAGCUUAUCUCUUGCUUUUUCGCUAGGUGGUUUUACGUUAAUUUUGCUCUUCCUAUGUGUUUCAGGUAUAUGCAGAGCUUUCUUGAACUUUUAGAAUAUGAAAAUAAAAGUCCUGAAGAUCCACAUGUUUUAGAUAAGUAAGUGACUACUGUUUCAAACAAAUCAACUCUGUGGAAACAGUAUAAUGAUCUUCUGCCGUAAUGUAGAUGAAAUCAGAAUUUUAGUUCACAAAGUUUGCUAUUGUUUCAUGAAAACUUUUUUUUAUUAGAACAAAUAACUAUAUUGAAAAAGACUUUUAGUUUCCUAAUAAUGCUGUAUUGUAUAUACUAAUGAACUGAUCAGGUAUCUGUUUGUUUUUUCCAGCCUGCUGUAGUUUAAGGUGAAGGUGAAAUGUUAAGUUGUAACCUCCCCUUAAUAAAAAAAAAGAUAAAAAUGCUGCCAUUGUUUCUAAAGGAAAUGCAUUGUAUAUUCAGCCGGAUGCAUCUUGGAAGUCAUCUUCUGCAAUUGCUUGUACAGCUAAAUUGGCAAAGUGACUUUAAGAGAGAGAGAGAGAGAGAGAGAGAGAGAAAGGGUGUAUUUCCUGUGAUAAAUUAGAUUACACCAGGAGUCCCGUAAGAAAUGGAUUUGGGUCUUUGAAAAGCAGUGGAAAAUAUUGGUUUUAUUUUGUGGAGAAGAUGAGAGUAUUCGCUUUGGGGCUCUGAACAAGUGCAGAAUCAGGACUUGAUUUAGGUUUGAUGAGGCCCUAAGCUACUGAAGGUAAUGGGGCCCUUUAUAUGUCCAGCUGUCCUUUGUCAACAAUAAAUUGUCACUGUUUUUUGUGUUGAAUAUAUGCUAUAUGGUGAUUUAUGGACCUAAUAGGUAUCUAAAGCCAUUUGCACAUGUUGCCAUGCACACUUUAUAUAGAAAUGAGCAAACCAGUGAUAUUUCAGGGAGCAAGCUAGCAGACGGGGCCCAUUGCUUACAUCAUAGGAGACUACACAACACGAAACACUGUUGCUGUAUGUAGGUUUUAUUUUAUUUGUUUUUUAUCUUACAUUUUGGAAAUGUACAUCCAGAUUUUUUUUCUUUAAAUUUUUUGGGGGCCCCCAAGAGAGUGGGGCACUAGGCUAUAGCUUGUUUAGCUUAUACGUAAAUCUGGCACUGUGCAGAAUCCGUAUUUCAGAGUAUAUAUAGUUCACAAAUAAUAUUUUAUUUUCUUCUGUGUCAUCGAACAUCAGAUAUGAUGAACUUCAAAGUCAUCCCCUGUCAUUUAUUUGGACAGGUAUGGUUCACAAAAUAACCAAAAGGUCAAGGUAAACAAUAAGGUUAUGUUUAGAGACAGUGUGACACCCAGGCGAAUCAUAUGCGGACAUGUAGGAAUAAAAUGGCACAAAUUCGCAUUGAUGAUACUUGAAGUUGAAAUGGAAUUCUGAAAAUAAACCCAUUUUUUCCUCUACUAAAAGAGAGUGUUUUUCAUAGCCCUUCUUAGAAGGUAGUCUAUAAUACAGAGCAAAAAUCAAGAAAGCAAACUUUAUUUCUUUAUAUUGUAUCUUUAUUUGCCACUUCUCUACAUGUUAGAGGAGUAGGAUGCCCUUUAAUACUUAGAUCUCAUGUACAAAAAAAAAGGGAAUUCUUUUUUCAUUUGAAGCAGCGAAGUAGAGAAAUGGACUUCUCCUGGCCUUAACUCUCAGAUCCUCAUAGAAUCAGCAGGAUCUAAUCUAGCUGAAGCUUUUAAGCAUUAAAUAAUUUUCAAGAAGGAGUGCUUGUCCAAUCAGCAAGCCAGGUGAGUAGGUUAAAACCCUCCUUGUGCAAUUUGAAGGUUUUGAGGUUUGGGAUUAGGUUGUUACUGUUCAGAUUUCUCAGUUAUUAUUUUUAGAGUAAUGGAUCAUUUGAAAACUGCAUGAGGAAUUUGCGGAGGUACUUAAGCAUUGCUGAUUAGACACGAAAAUGGCAAGUAAGAUACCUUUUAAAAAGGAGCACUCUUUCACAAUCAGAAAUGUAUGUUAGAAAAGUACCUGCAAGGAAAAUGGACAUGAUUUUAUUACUUGAUAGGAAAGGUUAUAUUUACAUCAUGGCAGCUCUCUAGACUAGCAAAACUUCCCGAUACAAGAAAAAUGGGGAAGACUGGUAAAAAUGUGUGGGGAAUUUGCAUAGUUAAUGGAAGUAACUUAGAUCAGUGUUUUUCAACCUUUUUUGGGCAAAGGCACACUUGUUUCAUGAAAAAAAUCACGAGGCACACCACCAUUAGAAAAUGUUAAAAAAUUUAACUCUGUGCCUAUAUUGACUAUAUAUAUAAAGUAAUUCUCUUGAAUAGGAAUCAAAUAAACACAAAGAAAGUAUUUUAUAAUUACUUUAUUAUGAAAUAGUAAGUAAACAGAAAUAUGAAAAAUUAUAAAAUACUUUAUUCAGUGCGCAACCUGGGCCUGUUUGGCUGAACACAAAGCUGAUAUUCUGGCUGGAAUCGAACGUUGCGGACCGUUCUCUGCUCAGUGGGGAUCGAUCCGCUGAUCCCCGCUGAGCCGGCGGAUGACAGCUCCGUCUCUGCACUGUGUGCGGAGAGGGAGAUGUCAGAACCCCACUGCUCUCUAUGGGGAAUCGGAUGAGAGCGGACCGCCUGUCCGCUCUCAUCCGAUCCCAUCCGAUCUGAUCCCCACCCAGGACGGAUGGAAAAUAGGGUGGACACAGUCCUGCGCCCGCCUAGUGGGCGAAAAUUUGACUUUUUUUUUAAAAAAAAUCUUUCGAAUUUUUCAAUUUUUCCUACGGCAGACCAGGCAACAUCUCGCGGCACACUAGUGUGCCGCGGAACAGUGGUUGAAAAACACUGACUUAGAUAAUAGACUCAAGCAUAUUCCAACCCCCCUUGCCAAAUAUUUAGUAUUGUCACUAGAAUAUUCAAACUUGUAAUUAUUGGAAAUGAGGGUAGCGCUGCCAAGUUGGACCUGCAAAAGGAAACCAUGCUGCUUCACUUGGGAGGCUAGAUUUCAGGUAUUCUUACUGAGAAGACCUAUGAAUUUAAGCAGAUUUGUACAGAUUUGGAUUUUUUGCACCUUCCUGUUUUUCCUUGGUAACAGGAAGGGGAAAGAAAUACAUAGCACACAAUCUGCCCCACUUUGAAGUGUGGUUCCUGUUGAAAAGAAAAAGGCUGAGAUUCUAAUGCUGAUUGCUUAGCCAAGGACUGGAUUCUGUGGCACAAGCAAAUCUUAUGUUUAUUAUUACUGGCUUGGGUAUUUGAGAGUAUAGUAAAAUGUGGUUCCUAUUUAAUACUCCCUACUUUUUUAUAAUUAUGUACUCAUUAAUCCCUCUUGUCCCCCUUCACCAUAAUUAUGGAUUAGAUGAACAGCCAAACCUUCAGUAGUUUUAUAAUCUGUGUCGUACAACUUCUAACAGUACCAGUACUAAAUGAAUGUUGGGGUGUGUACAGCCAUAGAUAGUUUUAGAUGUGAGUCCGCUAUGGUAGUUUGUGUACCGCAUGUUGGCUAGAUGUUUAGUCUUCUCCCCUGGAUCAGUUUUGGAUGAAACUUGUUUUCUAGUUUGUAACACAAGUUGGAUUUGUGCAAUGCUAAUUGACACUUCUUUCAGUCCAGAAGACAUUUUCCAAUGUCCUUGGAGCAGGGCUAUGCACAGUGCUGGUUGGCUGGCUCAUGGAUCCAACCCUUGUCACCUGAGUAUUAUUUUGAAAUGUAAAACAGCUGUUCGAACAGUGUGAAUUUUACACUUUAUAAUUGCAAAAAGUGGGAAACGAAAGUUUGACACCACUCCAUAAACAUGGAAAGCACUUAAGAAAGAAACUAAAGCAGACAGCCCACCUGAUUCAACUGGGGGGGAGUGGGGGGGUUAUGAAGACGAAAAGGCAAUCAGCACUGGAUUCACAAGCUAUGUGUUUGACCUUUAAGGUGCUGGUGGGAGAAAUAAAUAAAUAAAACUUGCACCUGCUGCUGUUUACAGGUAUAUUUGUAUGGAACCUUAAGUAGUAAUAGCAGUUAAAUAUGCUUGUAUGCACAUUAACUUAAAAAAAAAGAACAUUUUUAUGGUACUUGGAAACAGCAUGUUUCUGUUUUCAGAUCCCUUCUUCUUGAAAGAGUUCCAUGCUAGUUUUUACUAAUUGAUCACCUGCUAUAUUUAUAUAAACGGCCUAAUUUUCUAUGUAUUUCCUCCCUAAAUGAGCUAUGUGUGUUCUACUAUGAUCAAUUUAAUAUGUAAAGUAGUGUCCUUCUGUUCUUUUUUAUGUUACCUAUAAAAAGGUUGGCUUAGUAUUAUAGAUGGAAUUGAACACAACUCUCUCCUUUUGUUAUUCUUUUUUUCAUGCAUUUAUCAUGUUAAGUAAAUAGUUGUGUUGUCAAUUAUAAAAGUGGAAGAAAACGUGAAUUUCUGAUACUUCAAAUAUCAACUGGUGUUUUGUUUUCAGCUGUUUAUGUUCAGUUAGUUACAGCUCAAACAAUUGCUUGUAGAUAAACAGUAGUUAAUGUUUAUCCAGUAUAUUUAGUCUUUCAUUCACUUUUAUGGCGCAAAUAAGUGUUAUUUAUUUGACAGUCACCAUCUAUUUAGGAAUCAAAUGUAGAGCUUCAAAAGGCCAGUGCAAAAUCCUAACACUGCCUAGUAUCCCUUACUGCAGGCCUCUCAUUUUAUAAUAAUAAUAAUAAUAAUUAUUAUUAUUAUUUAUUAUUUAUACCCCGCCCAUCUGGCUGGGUUUCCCCAGCCACUCUGGGCGGCUUCCAAAAGAAUAUUAAAAUACUGUGAUACAUCAAACAUUAAAAGCUUCCCUAAACAGGGCUGCCUUCAGAUGUCUUCUAAAAGUCUGGUAACAUUUUUGCAUGUUAUUUGUAUACCGCCUUCCAUUUUCAAAGCUAACUGUAAUGUCUGCACUAGUAUUUUCACUAGUCAUGGUUAAAGCCAAACCAUAGUUUGUUGUCGUGUUUAGAAAUAGAUGGUUUGAGCUAAUGGUGAUUAGCAAGCAUUACUGGGGCAGAAAGAUUGCUAGCCAUGGUUAGAUCUGAAAAUGAAAGGUAGAUUUAUGAGAGAUCAGCAAUGUAAUUAGACUGAGAGUGUAUGACUAUUCCAAGCCGCUAAGUAGCAUUUAUGACCAACCAGGGAUUUGAAUCCACCCUGUCCUGGACCACUCUAGUUCCAUACCCACUGCACAGCACUGCAGAAUGUGAUGCACUUGUGGGGCCCAGCCUACUAGUGUAAGAUUAGUUGGUAUAGAAGAUCAGGCAGAAUUACUUCUGCAACAAACCCAAACUUGAUGGCCUCCAAUAGUUUCAAGAAAAUGAAGGGGGGCCCCCAACUAUAAUGAUGUUAAGAGAAUUUCAUGCUUCAUUUGUCCCUUGCUCUUAAACAUAACCAUCAUAACUUUAUUGUAAUUGAUGCUGCCAAAUUUGGAAACAGUCAAACUUCAGCAGCUGCUCUUUUGGAGUCCUUCUGGAUCUGGGAGGUUUAAUCAGAUUACAUGUUUUGAAGCAUCUCUCUCCCAUUUUUCCAGCUCCUUACACAAAGUGAAGAAUGUUGGUGGUGCAACUAUGAGGCAUGAAUAGCUAUUUUAUUUUGUUUUGACUUGCAUGAGCAAAACAUUUAGCAGCGGCACAAUUUAAAAUAUGCACAUGUGGCUCUAAACAGGUCUUGGUGAACAGACUGGCUUUCUUGGAAUACAGAAAACUUUCUAGCAUGUUAUCUGCAAUGUGAUGUACUAAGGUAUAUUGUGGUAAAGGCUCUGGGUAGUGAUUGGAUGAACUGUCCUAAUGCUAUAGAGGGGUGGGGCAGACAAAAAGUCUGUCUGCAGAAGGGCUUAAGAAAGAAGUAGGUAAAGGGGAAUGAGAAGGCCUUAAAACCCAGAAAAGCAUAGGGGCCUAAUGCAGGUUUGAACAGGGAGUAGUUCAAAAGAAUAUGAAUGCAAGAGGUGAUCUUAAAAAAGGGCAGAUUGGAAGGAAAGUGGACAGGAGAUUGAGGCCAUGAGUUGCAGAGGUGAGGAAGGCAGAUGUUCAAAUGAUGAUAUGAAAUAUUCAUCUGCAGCCAAAUAUUUUAGUACAAUGUGAUGGUACUGAAAGUUUUGUAUUCUGAAUGAAUUUUAAUGGUGUCAUCUAAGAUGCAGAUUUUGUAGUUAACUGUCACAUCUUGUCUCUGAUUUCUCUCUCUCCAGCUUUUUAGAUGUCUUAAUUAAAGUCAGGAACAGACACAAUGAUGUUGUUCCUACCAUGGCCCAAGGAGUGAUUGAAUACAAAGAAAAAUAUGGCUUUGACCCUUUUGUCAGCAGUAACAUCCAGUAUUUCCUAGAUAGGUUCUACACCAACCGCAUCUCGUUCCGCAUGCUGAUUAACCAGCACAGUAAGUAUCUGCUGUCCAUUUAAUCAAAAGUUGGUCUUCCUCCCACCCCUUCCUUUAUCCUCACAAUAGUUCUGUGAAACAGUUUAGGUUGAGAGAACGGGACUGGGGCAAACGCAACCAAUGAGCUUUGUGACUGUGGGGAUUUGAACCUAGAUCUCCGAGAUCCGAGCUCAUCUCUCUUAACUCAAGGGCAGCUAACUCCCAUCACCCUUAACCAUUGGAUAUUCUGGUUAAAGCUAAUGGGAGACCAACAACAUCUGGAGGGCCAAUGUUAGUUCCUCUUUCUCUAACUACUACGCCACUCUGUCUACUGUAAGGCAAACAUUAGGCCAGCAAAUAGACUUAAGUUGGAACAACUUUACACAAUUUAUGUCAUUCACCGUGUUGUGUGCAGCAUUUCAUGCUCUUCUGCCAUUCAAGCUGCUUAAGUUUUUAAAAGGAUCUUGGUAUGAAGGAGCUCAGAUAUAAGUGGGGGAUGGGAGAAAGAACUGGGGUUUUAUUUGGCAUAAGGAGAAAGACAGUGUUGGAGCAAGGGAAAAAGAAACAUCCUGUCUCAAGCAGGCUUUUCCUGAAUAUUUUGUUAUUAGCUUCUUGACACUGGGGUGGGGUGAGGGAGUCUGGAAAACAGUUUCCUCAGAAAAUAACUGAGGUUAUGGAUUUUAAAAAAAAUGAUACAAGGCAGGUUUCUGCAUCCGUUAUCUGGCAAAGUCAGAAAGGGACACUUAAUGGAUGUCUGUACUUGCUUUGGCAUGAAAUAGUAUUGCAGCCUGUGCAUCAGUCAGAGAGCAGUGCCAUGCAGGGUGUCUCUAAGAGCUGAGUGCCAUGUCAGUUCUCAGCAUGCUGUGAAAAAAACAAACUACAAGUUGCAUCUGACCGCCUAUCAGUUAAGGAAAUCUAGCCUUCAUUGUUUUGUCAGUGUGACUAUGCUAACUCCCACCCACAGUCUAGUUAGCAAACGCACAGAAGGAACAAUUUUUUUGCAGCUAUAAAAGUAGCAUUUGCUUAAUAUCAGUCUGUUCAAAUGCAUUAUGGACUUGACCUCAACUGCUGAAGUUAUUUUGUGCAAAUCAUUCCCCUUAUCAGUAUUGCCGCGGUGAUUGCAAAUAGCUUUUGUUUGCUGAUGUUUGAACAGCUGUAAAUGUUUCCAAUCAAUUGACCCUGCUUUCGCCAACCUGGCACCCUCCUGCUGUUUGGGACUGCAGCUCCCAUCAGACCAGCCAGCACUAUCCCACUUAGUUCUGAGCCUGUUCCUUUGCUUUCAAAUGGAAAGCAAGAAGGUUAAAUGCAGAGGGAGGACUCACAGAAAAUUAUGACUAGCCUUGAUCUGAAAUGCAUACAGCUAGCUGGAACAGUCCUUAGAGCCAUGUGGCAGCAAAUGGCAGCCAGAAAUUAGUGAGACAAAGGGCUAGUGAAGAGUGACAGGUCCUAUUGCAGCAGGCCUGGUAAGAGUUGUGCAUUUGGGGGCUAGAUUAAUAAUUUUUAUAUCCUUCCAUAAAUGCUGAAUUGCACAAAGCUAACCCUGCUUCCAAAUACUAAAAUAAUUAUGAGUCUGAUGGAGGCAGACCAUCACAUAGAGAGUGGUGAUUUUCUUGUAAUAAUAUACAAGAAAACUUUAAAGCACAUGUUGCCAUUCCAGAUUGUAUAUUUUGUUGUAUUCUUGAAUACACUGCAGUUCACAUUCAGUUUACUGAAUAAUGUUCAGAUAAUUCCUUUACCCUUUGUCUCUCUUUGGCUAUGUAUAGCUUAUAGCACAAGGCUAUACAUGAGUCCAGUGGGGGUUAUUCUCAGAUAAGUGGAUAUAGGACUGCAGCCGUUGGCUGCUAGCAAUGUUAAGCAAGAUGUUCCCAAAUAAUUAUUGCUAGAACUUUCUCCGCUUCCAAGACUGGGAUUGCAGCAACUGCCAGUCAAUCUUUUCUAGUGUUGAGCCAAGUGAAAGACCCAAGUUUUGUGAAUGCUUUUACACCAUUCUUCCAUUUUUGUUCAUGCAGUGGGGGCAAGGUCAUAAUCUCUGUUGACCCAGAAACCAGUUCAGUUUGUUAUGUUUUGCUACACUGUGUGGCAGUAAUAAAAUAAAAUAAAAUAAAAAAUGUAAGUUACACAUUUAUUUUAAACUAAGUUAAAUAUAAUUAAAUAAUUAAAUAUAAUUACUGCUUAUCAGUAUGAAAGAAAAGGAAACCAGGAAACAUGGCCAUAUGCACAUCUUGCCUAUCUAUGUUAGGUGGUGAUGGGUUUUUUAUAUCCAUCUCACACCCAUCAAAAGCAAAGUUUUGUGAUCAAAAUGCAGCACAGCAGUAGUAUUUUUUGCCUUUUAAAAGGCUUUACGUGUUACUCGCCAUUAGAUUCCAUUACCGUUUAAUUGUUUACAAAAUGUUAUUUCAAUUAAUAUCCACCUUUCCUCUCAUUUCAGCACUACUUUUUGGUGGGGUCACUAAUCCUGCUCAUCCCAAACACAUUGGAAGUAUUGAUCCUACGUGUAAUGUAGCUGAUGUAGUGGAUGGUAAGAGUAAACACAAGUUGUUUUUGGAACUUUGAUUGCAAGGUGUAUGUGUAAUGCCUUGAACCAUUUCUAAUGGUAAAUCCCUCAUCUAUCAGUCAGUAGCCUCUCCUUUUCCUUGUAAGCUUUAUAUAUGCACUGAUGCCACCCAUGGUUAAGGGUAAUCGGCUUCUUCCAAAGCAAGAUAUGCAAACUCACUUAAAAUUCUGGUUAAUUUGGGGGUCCCAGUCAGUGGUGAUGCAGGUGUAACACUAAAUCAUGGUUAAAACUAACAAGCGAAGGGAAAGAAUUGGUUCCAGAAAGGGAGGGAGCAUGAAAUUCCAGAAGGAGAUGUGUUAUUUAUUCAUGUUAAAAAAACAUAAAUCAAAUAAAUAGCACAGUCCCAUUGGUAUUGAAGAGAGCUGGUUCUGUAGUGUAUUGAUAUUUCUUGUCACUAGAUGGAGGUAUAGCAUAGUUAAGUUACAGAAAAUAUAUCUUCAAGACAUUUCUGAAGUUACUUCAAUUUUCUAUUUAUAUUUUGUUCCAAUGUGAUAUAUUUAUGGGAGCCAAGAAACCCAAUUAUUUGCAGUUUUAUUAUUAUCAUUCACUGUGCUGGAAACAAGCUGGGUAUGCAUUUGCUUGCUCAAAUAGGUUUGUCAACUUUGAAGCUGUACUUGAAAUGCUUAAUAUCAUACAACUCUUUCUCAAAUCAUCUCCCUAAAUUCUACUUCCGGAUAGUGAAAGAUGCCAAUUACAUUUUUGUGCACAGUCUCUAAAAUUGUUAACAAUUGCUGGAGUAGGUUUAAAAAAAUAAAAAUAAAAAUAGAUUGCAUGGUUAACCAUUACUUUUUGGGAAUGGGUGAAAGAUCUGAAUUUGAAAAUACUUCCUUAAAUCUAGGGAAUACAUUACAUGCUUUGCUUUGUACAUGCCUUCAAUGUAGAACUGGCAAAACAUGAAAAUAAAAAUUAUUGUAGUUUUAAAACAAAGACUUAAAGCUACAGAGCAAAAGUAGAGCCUCACUUCUGGCAGGGAUUAGUUACGUUGCUGUUCACUUAUCCUUGGGUAAAUAAAGUGGAAUGAAUGUGUUUUUUAAAAAUGUGUGGUUAAGGUGAAUAGGGCAUGUAUUUUUCCUCUCAUGGAGCCAAUAGUAGCUUUGGGGGCAGAAUUUUGGUCUGAGAAAUAACACAGAGGGAGGAUGCAUAACUCCCCAUUCUUCAUUCCUGCUUCUCCAUUUAAGUUAGAAGCCUGUUUUUACGUCAGAGGAUCUGAUUACUUAUAUGUAGUUUGGUCCUCACAGGGCCAAAAUAAGAAAUCUAAAAAAAUAAGAAAAAAUUAUAGCUUCUUGAGGUACAGAAUAUACGUAUAUUGACAUUACUGCAUAAUUCUAUAAGUUUUUGUUUUCUUCACUCACAGAUGCCUUUGCAACAGCUAAGAUGUUGUGUGAACAGUAUUAUCUGGUAUCACCCGAGUUGGAAAUUGAAGAAUUCAAUGGUAACACUGAAGUUCAUUGCUUUUUAGCAUUCUUAUAACUAUCUGGGCUUUGUGCGUUCUAAUGAUCUUUUAUUUUAUUUUAUAAAAUUUAAUCACAACAUUCAUUUUGACUUAAGAGCUGUGCCAAAGUUAGGGGUAUAGCCAAAGCAAGGGAAAGUUGGAAAGAAACUCUGCAUUCUGUUUUCCAACUUUUUUUUGGCCACAUUUUUUUUUUAAGUAGCUAGUAAGACUGCAGUAGGUGGAUUUUUAAAAAAUACACCUCAGAGUUUAAGAUCCAAAGAGGUUUUAGACAGAGGAUUGAACAUGGCCAAAUGAAUGUUUUGCUUUUUGGUGACAAAUCCCUCUACCAUAUUACAAACUGCUUUUCAAGCUCUCCCCCCCCCCCCUAUUAAAAUAUGGUUUACCAUGCCACAUGGAAGCUUCAGUUCAGGAAACACAAGUGUAAAGCUCUCUUGCAUUUGUGGAUUUCGUUAUCUGCAGCUUUAUAUUCUGGUAAUUGGGUCUACAGUCAUGGAGACACAUGAUCUUCUUAAACCACAAAAUGUAAUUAACUAAAUAUGAUGACAUCACAGUUAUUUUAAACAUAGAAAAUCUGAGCUAAGUGUGCUAUUGCAUAGGGCAGCAUUCUUAGUUUGUUCAUACUAGAAUUCUUGAAGGUCUUGACUACCAACUCUGCACUGGUUUGACAUAUUUGGUGUUUCAUAUUUCUAGGAAUCAGAAAGGUAAAAAAAGAAAGAAUCAGAAAAAUAAAAAAGUAUGAUAUCUUAUACUAGAAAAUGGUAAUUUAAAGACAUAAUAAAUUGAAUUUUCAGUUAUAUAAAUGGUUUCUGUUUUCUAGCUAAAGCACCGGGCAAGCCUAUUCAAGUAGUCUAUGUACCCUCACAUCUGUUUCACAUGCUUUUUGAAUUGUUCAAGGUAAGUAGAAUUGUCUCAUGGGAAGGAGGCUAAUUUUGCUUGCCUCCUCUUUGAAUGCGCUGGAAAAAAUACUGAGACCAAGCAUAGUCUUAAAGAUUGAUGCAUCUGCCCAUUUUUGUGUGAAAUGUUACCUGUGAUCCUCAUGUGCACAAAUGGCCUUGAUUUAGAAGAAUAACAUGUCAUUCUUCCUUGUAUUCUUCCACAGAGUGUUCAUGUGUUAGGCGAAAUCUGUAAUUGAAAAAAGGAAAUUUGUGUAAUACAUUAUAGGUUUCUUCUCCUUUCAUAAAGAAGGUGAAGUUUUAGAAAGUGAAGGUGUAAACAGGUAAAAUUAGUGAUAGAAGACUGACACAGUUCUUUGGUGGCAUGUUUUAUUCUCCCAAGUAGUCGAUUUUUAUGUGGCAACUGUGGCUACAUAUGAAACCUACUGCGUAUCUGUUCAUAGGGAAGGAUAUUCUUUAUUAUACACUGUUACCAUGUGUGAUAUUAGGUAGGGUCUGCUGGGAUGAGGCUGUUUUAACAGUUACUGAUACUAGCAAACAUUGUCGUUACUGCCACUUAAUACAGAUUGUUACUAUCUAUAUUUUACAUUAAUCAACUGAGCUCAAAUGAACAUAUCCAAUAAAAGAACACACUUUGAAGCCAUUGCAGGGCUCUGCGAGUCCACUGAUAUGCAGCGUAGGUUUUGCCAUUCAGUGUAGUGUUGGGGCAGCUUGCUUUGUAUGCUGGUGAUCCUUUGCCCACAAGAAGCGUUACUAUAACACCAUUUCUCAACUUCUUUGUUAAAUGUUACUUUUUUAUUAAUCCUAUGUGUAAAUUUUAUGUGGAUUUAGUCAUAUUUUUAAAUAAAGAAAUUUAAAAGUGGUGCUCAUAGGUUUGUACAUCUUCUAAUAUUGUUGCUUAAUGCUUAUUAAAAGCUUCAGAAAUGUUAACAAUAAUUCUAUUGUUUAUACCCCGCCCAUCUGACUGGGUUUCCCCAGCCACUCGGGGCAGCUUCCAGCAAAAUACAAAAAACAACAAAAUGUCAGACAUAAAAAACUUCCCUUCAGAUGUUUUCUAAAAGUUGUGCAAUUCUUUAUUUCCCUGACAUCUGAUGGGAGGUUGCCACUGCUGAGAAGGCCCUGUGCCUGGUUAACACUUCUUUUUCUUUUUCAGAACUCAAUGCGAGCUACAGUGGAGUUAUAUGAGGGUAAAAGCGAAGGCUAUCCACCAGUUAAAACCUUAGUCACUUUGGGUAAAGAAGAUCUAUCAAUAAAGGUACAAAUUUGCUAAACAAUUUUUGCUGUAACAUCUUGGGGAAAAGCAGCUUUAUGCACUGCUUUUUCCCCCCUAAAAAAAUAUGUUUAGGGGUACUCUCAUUUUCCUACUCAUAUUGAAAUACUGUUCCUCAAUGAGGCCCAAGUUAGAUUCACAAAAUGUUUAAGGGUAUGCGUACUCCUGUGUCCGCCCCCCCCCAAGAACAAAGCACUGGUUUUAUGUGGUAAUGGGAUAAGAGCUGUGUGUUUGUUUGCUGUGUUUAGAACUACUUUGUCAGAAGCCUAGUUUACAAAGAGGGAGAGAACUUCAAAGAUUAUUAUGACUCUAGUUGCAGAUAGUUAUUAAGUAGGCUACAGAGAGGUGGUGUGUUUUUUUCCUCUUGGAAAGGAAUCCAUCCUCUCCACUCCAGUCCUUCUGACUAGAAGUUCAGAGUAACUUUCACAUUUCCUUAUAGUGUUUAACUACUCUGUGAAUUGAGCAGGCACCUCUUGCAUUGGCCAUAUCGUUCAUUCCUACUCUGUGCUUUCAACUCUGUAGUCAGGAGAAUGUUUACUAAUCUAAGGAAACUUAAUUUUGGUGUAGUUCAAAGCAAGGAGGAGUUAACCUUUUAGAUUUGGAACAAGGGAUCCUGAAUUCACUUUGAGCCCUAGGGCUCUAUUCUGUACAUCUGAUGUCAGCCCAUAGUUUACAUGGUGAAUGAUGCUUGUGGACAGACAGAUACUUCCUUUGGUAUUUAUGCAAGUGUUAAGUAACGACUUCUCUAUUAUUAAUAGUAUAAACAGUGUCCUUGGAGGGCAUUUUGUCUUAAUGAAAUUUUUAUUUUCUUCUAUAGAUAAGUGAUAAAGGUGGUGGUGUGCCACUGAGAAAAAUAGAUCGCCUAUUUAACUAUAUGUAUUCAACUGCCCCCAGGCCUAGUUUGGAGCCAUCAAGAGCUGUACCUUUGGUAAGUUCUGUCCUGUAGGCUAAUUAUAGGCUGAUGAUUCCCAGAAAAUACUUCUCAUAGCUUUAUGUUAUUUUUGCCUUUUCCUGACACAAACCUUGUCUGAAAAACAUAGGAGUCAACACAAGCUAUUGUUUGAUUGUCAACUGAUGCAGUAUAUCUGUAGUAGAUCCUAGAUGAAAUAAUAAUGAUGGUCAACUAAAAACAGCUCCAUCUAUGAGGUGCAGAAUAUUUAUGAUUUCUUUUGAUGCAUUAUGUGAUUCUAUACACUGUAUACUAGAUGUUUCCUAUGAUAGCUGAAUACAUUUAUAGUGGGAUGGCUUUCUCUCAAACUUCAGUUUGUUAUUUACAGAUUCUGCAUAUUUUUAAACAAUAAAAAGUUGAUAUUUAACAUGGUGUCCUCUGUUAGUUUAAAUUCUGAUAUGAAACAUAAUCAGGGUGGAACAGCUUAGCACAAAUGAAGAAAUGUGCAGGCUCCCAGAAGGAAAAUCACAGCCACUUUACUCCUGUUGUUCUGCUACUGUGCUGCACUGACAUAAGUUAUAGCUUGUUGUCCUAACACUGCCCAGACAAACCAUGAACUGUAAUCAAAGCUUGUCCUAUGGUUUACUUCUUGUGGCCUGGUUGGAAGAGAAAUAUUCUCAGACAUGGGGACUUCCGGGUUGGCGCCUCCAGGCAAUGGCGGAGUUCCUCCGAUCGGGAGGAAUUUGCUCCGCGGAAAUUAGGGUCUGACCGCCACGGCGAAGGCGGAGACCCACUGAAAUCACAGGCGGGAGAAGCCUGUGAACUUGGGAUUCGGCUGGCACCCUACUCGCAGGGAAACCCUGAUUUGGGGAUCCGGAGCGAAGUGGGGUGAGUGGCGCGGUGCUUCGAAUUGACUGCUUCUUUCACGGAGUGAAGCCGCAUCGCUGUUGCCAGAGAGCGCUGACUUUUUCCUGUGGACAAUUGGAUUUUAAACAACUACCUGUGAGUAGAACGGAAAAUUAGAUCCUUAAAUUCAUUAAUUUGGCAUCGAAACGGGAAGGUUCUAAACAGGAAGUCUGCCUUCCUUUUUUGUAAACAGAUUGAAGCAAAGAAGUUGCAAGUUAAAGCCUUGGAAAGUUUAUUUUUGUAAAGGAUUAAAUCUCCAUCGGUUAAAACUAUUAAACCCCCCUUGGAAGCAGAAGAGGGGGAAAAUUUUGGACCUAGUGAGCCUGCAGGAGAGAGUGAAGAACCAGGUUGCCACUGCUCCGAGCCUGGAAAUGGGCUGCCAGAAAGAGUGACUUUUUUUUUGACAGCUAGCUAAAUAAGAGAGAUAUGUUGUUUCCAUUGUACUCAUCUGCGUUUGAAGGGUAGGAAAGGAAACUAACUUUAUAGUUUAAAUUGUGUUUGAGAGGAUUGAUACAAGUGGAGACUGUUUCCCUCUAGAGGGAGCUUUUGAAACUGUUACAAGUGGAGCUGGGGUUUUUCCAGUUGCAAGAUAAGAACUGUGUGAAAUAGAGACUGACCUUGGACUUUAAGAAUGUUGACAGAAGGAGCCUUAGUGACUGUAUUAUGUAAGAUAAGCUAUUCGUUGGAACAGCUCCACAAGAAGACGGAUGCUAUGAAUACCAAACUUGAGAACUUGGGACAAAAAGUGAUUAAUUUGGAACAAAAAGUGACCAUUAAUACAGAAAUUGUUCAGGAUUUGACACAGGAACCUACCUUGACAGGACAAACUGGGGAGAAGACGAAGGAGAAUGUUGGUGUUGUUAAACCUAAAAUAACACAAGUGGAAGCCCCAGUCUUACAGAGGCAAACUGAGGACUAUAAGUGGAGGCCUUUUAUGAAUGAAUAUAGAAAAAGUCAGAAUUUGAAGAUUGGAGCCCUGCUUGGAUUGAAGAAGGAAGGUUGGAUAGACUCUUUCAUGCAGAGAUUUACUGACCUUUGGGUCCUGAAUCUGGGUCAGGAGGUGAUUGGAGUUGUGUGGGCCUUUGGAUCUGGAGGAGCCUUGAAACAGGAUUUGAGAUAUUGUAUGGACACUGGUUUUAGCUGUGGAGAGUUGGUUGGUCUGUCGAGAGGGAAUGGGGGCAUGGUUGGGUCGGGGCCCCCCCAAGACCUGCGCCUCAGCACCCUCAGCAUCAAAGAAUAUGAAGAAAAACUGCAGAAGGGACUUGGAAAAGAUUUAAGAGCCUCAGACAGAAGAUCUCCAGGUUGAUGAACUAUAUGGAAUGGACGGAAAUGACUGGCAGAAUCCGAGACCAGGGAGAAGAGAUGGUGGUAGAAGAUUGGGAAAGUUUAAAGUUUAUAUAUAGAAAUAUUGUAAAUUUAAUGAGUGUUAGAAAAUUGUUGGAUUGAAACUUUAUGGCUUUAGCAGAAAUGUUAUAAGGAGUUAGGUAUAAAUAAGUAUUUCAGUAUUAAUGGAAAAUAAGGUACAAAAUAUGUUAAGAUAUUCAUAAUGAUAAAAAUAGAGAAAGAUGGAAAGGAAUUGCUGAAACAAGUAAUAGAAGUGGAAUACAAAAAGGGAGGUGAGAGGAGGUCGAUGAAAUAAGGGAAUGAAAGAUAGAGUAAUGAAAUGGUAUGGUAUAUGUUUGUAAUUGUUGUUCUUUUGUUUUGUUUAGUUUAGUGUGUUAAGGUUGCGUUUUGCAUUGUUUAUUGUAUUGUUUCUUCUUUUCUCUCUCUUUUUUUCUUUUUUUCCCUCUGCUUUAUCUUGUCUUUUUCUCUCGCCUAUUUUCUUCUUCUUUCUUUUCUUGUAAGUUUUAAAAGCAAUAAAGAUUUUUUUUAAAAAGAGAAAUAUUCUCAGACAUGAUGUGAUUGGUAAAAAAGAAAAGCUAAGAGAGUCAAAUCUUUCCAGACUGCUUCAGAAUUAUUUAUUUAGCUGCUUGUUUUACCAUAUCACAAAAUCCUCAGGAUUUUGUUUCAAUAUUUGGUUUAAUAAAGUAAAGUUCUUAUGGAUGAGGAAUGCCUUUUUGCUGUAUUUUUGUAUUGUAUUUUAAUAUUUAUUGAUUGAAUGACUUUUAUUAAUUACUUGUUGUUGUGUUCAUAUCUUUCUUUUAUUGUGUUAGAUAUUUGAUAAAGUCCUAGCCUUAAAGGCAACCUAACUUUUUUAGAAAAACAAAAUCCCGUGAAGCUUUACAAUGACUUUGGGUCAGUCACUCUUUUGUAGUGAAGCAAAUCUUUCAGAAUUGUUUCAAGAAUAAAAUGGGUGGGGGCAGAGGGAGAGAGAAUCUUACAUGACACCUGAACUCCUUACAGAACAGAAGGGUGGCAGUAGGUGGUAUCCAGCUAAGUUUUAGUCAGAGUAGACCUAACUUAGUCAUGUUAAUUAAUUUCAGUUUUUAUACUCGGAGUUAAAUUUAGUUGAAUACUAAUACAAUGUAAUAAAGGUAAAUAAAAUGAAACUUUUAAAAUCAAUUAAACAAUUGUAGUAUUAUGUUGGAAACCUAAAUUGAUAGGGUUUCACUCCUGGGUACUGGAAUAAGGACAGAGCCAUAUUAAAGGAUUGAUUCCUGUCAGUUUUGUGUGCAAUUACAUGGCAUGGAUUUGGGGUCAUAUCAAAAAAGUUUUAUUCAUCAGCUCUGACUUCAAGCAUAGAGAUGGAAGAUGACUCUAAUGAAUGAGCUGAGGGUGUGAGGGAGAAUCUCUGUGAUAUACUGCACACUUUUAGGUCAUGAGGUGGCCAUGUCCCAGUUGCCUUGUGGACCAUACUAUGAGAAAAGAAUCCUUUGAAAAUAAUUGCUUCAGUUCCUUUGCAAGUAGUCUAUAUGGUAGCUAUUUUUUGUUGAUUUGAAAGGCAUUGUGUUCUAUCAAACAUACUUGGAGCACAGUUAGGAUGUUAUAUAUCUAGAAAUACUUUUUCUGUUGACAAAAUUGCAAGUCUUAUUUUCACUACAACUUUCUUCUUUCUUUCAUUGCUUCAUGCUAUCAACAGUAAUUGAUCUAGUAGAGUAGACUGACCAAAGAAUGCGGUUCCAACUCUCGCUUUUUUCGCAUCUCCUAUGUGUAGAGACUGCUGUGAAUAACAAUCUCAAGUAAUAAACUACCAUCAGAAUCUCAGUACCACUGAGGAGUGACUGGGAUAUUGCAGCACUAACCGCCACUGUAGAGAUUCAUGAAAGACUAUCAACUUGCCUGGGUGGCUUAUAGAUCACUGUCAGUUCCGCUAAUGUAACUGCAUCCUUGGGAGCAAGACAAAAUCCACAUCCUCCUAAAGUCUCUGCAAUAAGAUUUGCUGUUCGUUAGUGCAUGUUGUCAAAAUGGCUUUGUACUAUUGUGAUUUUUCACUGUUUCUCAAAUUCAAAAAACUUUUCUAUGACCUGAAAGCUUACUGAUCUAAACUGUGAAAGCAUAAAACUUUGAAAGGAUAAAAAAUGGCAUUAUAAUAUAUAUUUAUUAUAUUUUUGGUUCACUUUCUGUAGAAUAGAAUCUAAAGAAAAUGAGAAAUCAAACAUGCAGUAAAAUAAUCAUAUUUAAAGCCAAUACACAUUAAAAGUAUAACAACCUGGAAAUGUGUUCAGAAAUCGAAGAAAAGUCUUCACCCUCCAGUGAAACAUAAUGAAUGACAAAGAAAGCUGCCCUUUAAAUGCUAUUCUGUAGAACAGGAGGCAAAUCUUUUGUCCCUUGUGCUACUUUGUUGACAGCAUUCAGAGCGGGGUGUCAUUCUCAGUUAUUAGAGACCAGAGAGAAGCAUUUUAGCAAAGGCAUUCUGUAAGUAUAAUUGUUUCAUUUUUAAAUCUUACAUUAUCCAUUUUUUCUUUAGGCUGGCUAUGGUUAUGGUCUACCAAUCUCUCGUCUUUAUGCUAGAUACUUUCAAGGAGAUCUCAAACUUUACUCAAUGGAAGGUGUGGGUACUGAUGCUGUAAUUUAUUUGAAGGUAAAUACAAUGACUCCUUUAAAGGGAGUGUUAUUGGCAAAGCUGUAUUUACUUCUGCUGACCAUAAAAGCUUCAUGGCUAACACAGUGCUGGAUUUAGGACGGUGUGGGUGGUUCUCCCAUACAGGGUGCCAAGCAAAGGGGGCACUAAUCAUCAUCAUCAUCAUCAUCAGUAAAGCCAACCCUAUAUAUGGGUACCUACUCAAAGUUAGGCCCCAGUCAGGAGGGCAUUUGAGUUGCAUCAACUAUGCCAUAGUGCACUUGAGAGCAUGCACAGAACAGAAGGUGAGAGCCCCCUCCCCGCCUUCUGUUCUGUACCUGCUCUCAAGUGCACUAACUUUAUGAAAAGUUAAGGGAAGCAGAGGAGAGGAGAGUGGUGAUCAGCAAGCUCUCGUGAGGAAGUAGUUUGUGAUUCUGCCACCAGCUGAUUGUAGAUGGUGCUUUGAUAGGCGAGUCUUGGGACAGUGUGUUGCGAGUCACAAUUCAGAAAGCAAUAUUCAGUAAUCAGUAACAACUGUCCAAAAGGAAUUAUUGUGAAAAUAAGAAAUAUUUGGUGUUGGGGCAAAAAUAGUCUUCGCUCAGGGUGCCACGUUACCAAAGUCUGCCCCUGGCUAACUAGGAACUCAGCUGCUGUGCUUCAUGCUUUGAGUAUGUGUAUUAGAAGUCAUAAAGACGGCUUUAGCUUAACAUAAUUGGUCUUGCAUUAUUCAACAGUAGGUAAAGCUGUAUGUUACCUUUGAUGUCAUAAAACUAAACAUUUCUUCACAAUUCUUGGAAUAUUUUCCUAGGUAAGUAUUAGACCCUUGAAACUUUUCGUAGCAAAGUUCACUCAUCCUUUGUUUAAUUAAACUCUUCUUUAUAGUAACUCCAAGGCAGGUAGCAAAAUGUUUCCAGCAGAGGAAACAGCAUCUCCAGUUAACAAAUAUUGGGAUAUUGUAUCCUGGAUAUAAACUCCAGGUUUGUUCUCCUUUUAAGUCUGUUCCUGAAACUUGAUCGUGUUACUUUUUACCCUUUCUUUAGGCUCUUUCCAGUGAAUCAUUUGAAAGACUUCCAGUUUUCAAUAAGUCAGCCUGGCGACAUUACAAGACCACCCCAGAAGCUGAUGACUGGAGCAACCCUAGCAGUGAACCCAGGGAUGCUUCCAAAUAUAAAGCGAAUCGAUAA